AUGAAGCGCAAUGCCUCUACGGUCCUGUCGAACGCCUUUCGGGGCCUCCGAAUAACCUCCUCCCUUCCCGCCGUCUCAGUCCCGGCGCAAUUGGCCGCUCCUAACCAUGUUCGAUUUCUCUCCACGACGCCGGCCAUGAUGGGUACCUGGCUUGAGCCCUCGAUUGAUCGUACGAAGAAGAUGAUGAAGGGACGACCUAGGGUUGCUACGGGCGGAUCUUCAAAAGGUACGACAGUGAUCUGGGGCGACUAUGGUCUUCGCAUGGACGACCAUCAUCGGAGGAUCAGUGCGAAGCAUUUGAAGAUGGCGGAAGAGACGAUAAAGACUCGUCUUCGAGGGGAGAAAUAUCGCCUGUAUAAACGGGUGUGCUGUAACGUUGGUGUUUACACCAGUGGAAACGAGACUCGUAUGGGUAAGGGUAAGGGUUCAUUCGACCAUUGGGCGGCGAGGAUUGCGGUCAAUCAGAUCAUCUUCGAAAUCAAGGGAUUGGCCCACGAAAAGGUCAUCUUGGAUGCCCUACGCCUGGCUGGUAACAAGCUGCCUGGUCACUAUGAAUGUGUGAGGAAGGGAGAAGCGCCUGUCGUCGGAAUGACGAAGCUUGAUGGUGUUACGUUGGAUGAGUUGAAGAGGCCGCGAAGGAAGGAUAUCCCGCCGGCGCUGCUGGCCGCCGCCCAGAAGAGUACUGCGCCCCGAAUCAUCGAGUCCCAACCAACGUCGGAGCAAACUUCUGCCAACUAA